AUGAUCAUUGAAUUAACUGCUCCCUCUGGUUUCAUACAGAUCCUUGAACGUGUUUUGGCGAAAUCUUUCUUGUUCAAUAUCAUUGAACGUGUUUUGGCUAAAGUUUCUUCAAUUGCUAUAUAUGAGAUCAGUCUAGCUUGGAAUGUUAAGACAGAGCUAAGGAAACUCCAAAGUACUCUAUCCACCAUCAAAGUUGUACUUCUAGAUGCAAACGAGCAGCAGGCGAAGAACCAUGAAGUGAGAGAUUGGCUGGAAAAGCUCAGAGAUGUUGUUUAUGAUGUCGAUGAUUUGAUGGGUGAUUUAUCAACACAACUGUUGCUGCGAAUGCAUUUCCAGAAAAGCUUUAGGAAGAAGGCAAGGAAGUUCUUUUCAAGUUCAAAUCCAAUUAUAUAUCGAUUCAAGAUUGGCAGAAAAGUAAAAGAAAUCAAGGAGCUGCUGAAUGAGAUUGCAGAUGAUAGGAGAAAUUUCCACUUCACGGAACAUACUUAUGUAAUUCCAGCUGAAAAUACGAGUAGAGAACAAACACACUCCUUUGUGAGGGCAUCAGAUAUCAUUGGUAGAGAUGAUGAUCAAGAAAACAUUGUAUAACAGCUGAUAGAUUCUCAUGAUGAGGAAAAUAUUUUUGUGAUUCCUAUUGUUGGACUUAGAGGGCUUGGAAAAACCACACUUGUUAAGUUGGUUUAUAACAAUAAUAGGGUUGUUCAGAAUUUCAACCUUAGAUUGUGGGUUAGUAUUUCUGAAGAUUUUAGUCUGAGCAAGGUAAUUGAGAAAAUUGUUAGGUCCGGAACAGGAGAGAGUUUUGACCACCUAGAUAUGGACCAAUUACAAGGUUGUUUGGGAGAGGUUUUGCAACAGAAAAGGUAUUUACUUGUGCUGGAUGAUGUGUGGAAUGAAGAUCAACACAAGUGGACAGAUAUGAGGGAGUUGCUGAUGAAUUGUUCCAGAGGUAGUAAAAUUGUUGUCACUACACGUAGUAAGAUGGUUGCUUUGAUUACUGGAACAGUUCCGCCUUAUUAUUUGAGAGGCCUUGGUAAUGAUGACUGCUUAUCUUAUUUUUGAAAUGUGCAUUUGGAGGGCAGGACAAUUUGUUUCCUAAUCUAGUAGAAAUAGGAAAAGAAAUUGUGAAAAAGUGUGGAGGAGUGCCUUUGGCUGUGAAAACCUUGGGAAGGUUGUUGUACAUGAAAACAGACAAGAACGAAUGGUUGCAGAUAAGAGACAAUGAGAUAUGGGAAAUCGAACAGAAUAAAUCUGACAUCUUACCAAUAUUGAGGUUGAGCUAUGAACAGAUGCCAUCACAUCUAAGACAGUGCUUUGCCUAUUGCCCCAUGUUACCCAAAGGUCAAGAAAUUCCGAGGGAGGAUUUUAUCAAUCGCUGGGCUCAAGGAUUUAUCCAGAGUUCAAACAGAAACAGGAAGUUGGAAGAUAUCGGUAAUCAGUACUUUGAUGAGUUGCUAUCAAGGUUUUGCUUCCUAGAUGUGGUACAAGCUUUUGAUGGAGAAAUAUUGGCUUGUAAGAUACACAAUCUUGUGCAUGAUCUUGCACAGUCAGUAUCAGGUGCAGAGUGCUUAAAUGUGAAACCCAAUGCUUUCGUGGUUUCUGAGAGAGUUCGCCACUUAUUCUUCCAUGCAGAAGAUAUGUCUAGGAAAUACUUCCCCAGAUUUUUGCUUCCUUUGCAUAAGGUGAGGUCUUUUUCUUAUUCGUUUAACAUUGGACCUGUAAACAAGUUUUUUGUCAAGACAAUGUUGUCAAAUUUCAAAUGCCUUCGGAUGUUAGUCUUGAACAAUCUAGAUCUUGAGGAGUUGCCAACUUCGAUAGGUAACUUGAAUGAAUUAAGAUACCUUAACCUUAGUGACAGUGGUAAUAUCAAGUUUCUUCCAAGGUCUAUGAGCAAAUUAGUAAAUUUGCACACCCUUAACCUCAUUAACUGUGAACAGCUUAAGGAGUUGCCAAGAGACUUUAGAAAGUUAAUCAGCCUGAAGACCUUGUAUUUGACCACACAUCAGAUAUUUGCAGGGAUCAAGAAUCAACAUUCUUUCACUUCUCUUCAAUUUUGCUUCUUUUCAAAUGUUGUUUCCCAAAAUUGCAGCCAGAACUGGUGCAGCAUUUUACUGCACUUCGGUUGUUGCGUAUCUACGAAUGCCCAAGUUUAUGUUCUCUUCCAAGCAGUAUUAGAUAUCUUACUUCACUUGAAAAGCUAUGGAUCUGGAACUGUGAAGAACUUGAUUUGAUUGAUAGAGAAGGAAUGUCAGGCCUAACAAGUCUUCAAUCCUUGCUUCUAAUGGGGCUUCCUACGUUGGUGACUCUACCAUUGGAACUCAAAGAUACCGCUCCUACAACAUUGAAGUACUUCAGAAUCGCCGAUUGUCCCUACCUGGUGGAGCUUCCAGAGUGGCUGCCGAAUUGCUCCUCACUUCAGAGACUGUAUAUAGAGGAUUGUCCUGUUUUGGCAUCGAUACCUCAAGGAAUCUACAACCACAAUGCCAACGUCCAUAUAAUCGACUGUCCAUUGCUAGGUGGAUGAUGGUAAUGACACAGGUGCAAGAUUUGUCCAACAUUAAUAAAAGCAUGAUUUAUUCAAGUAUCUUUGUUCAUUCCCUUGCUUAUAUAUUGCAAACAAUUGAGUAACAUGUCACAUUUUUUUCUCUUUAAUACUAAUUAGAAGUAGUUGUUGCAUUA